CUCUGGUGCUGACGCUGGACACCAUGCUCCUGCAGGUGCCUCUGCUCCUGGGGCUCAUUGUGCUGGGGCCUCAUGUCGACAGCUGGGGCUUUGUGGACAUCAGCAAGAGCACAGAUUUCUUCCGCAUGUGUGUGGAGUUUGCUAAGUUUCAGUUCAACCAAGCCCAGCCGGAUGAGUAUGCCUACAAGCUGCUGUGGGUGCGGCGAAGCCAGCGCAAGCAGUAUUCUUGGAUAUAUUUAAUGGAAUUGGAGAUGGGCCGCACAGUCUGUAAAAAACACGAUGAAGACAUCGACAACUGCCCCUUGCAAGAAGGCCCAGGCGAGAAACAGGUGGACUGCACUUUUGUUGUGGAUACUCGACCCUGGUUUUCCCAGUUCACCCUCCUGAACAGCACCUGUGUGUGA